UGGCAGGGCUUCACCUGCCACGUGCUUCCCUCCCGGGGAAACCUCCAGCAAGGGUGAUUCCUCUCCCUCCCUAGGAAGCCUCUCCCACCGCUUCCUUGUCUUUGUUCCCUGGAAGUUUUUCCCAGCGACUCCAGUUCUGCCUGGAGUUCAUGGGAGAGAGCACAGCUCCUCUGACAGCAACAGGAAUGGCAGUGCCCUUUGGCAUCCGUUGUCUGUGCUGGCCUCAUUGCAUCUCUGCUGGCACAUGGCUUGUGCCAGGGCAGCAGCUCCCUUGUCUUUUGGCAUUCCUUGCACUGGAGCUGUUGGUAAAUUACUGAUGAUAAGUGGAGUGGACCGAUGGGUGACCAGGCGGUUGGCGCAUGGCCCAGUGCCUCUGUGGGGAUGGGACUGGGGCGGGAGUCCCGGCCGGAGAACUUGCGGUCAGGACUCGUGGGUGACGUUCCCCCUGGCAGCCAUAAGGAUGUCGUGGGACUGUGAGAGGAUUGCAGCCAUCUCUGGCUGCGUGCAUGCUCCUGUGGGCCUGAUCCGAAGGCAGGCAUUUCUACAUGGAAUUAUUUCCGCUUUCCCGCUUUAUGCCCAAUUUUCAGGCUGUGCCCAGCCCUCAAAGCCUGACAGCUCUGCAGGAGGGAUUUGUCACAGUGGGAAAAAGCCUGUUGGGACUGCCACUGGCUGGGAUGUGGCUGUCCCUUGUCACAUCCCACAGAGAAGCUCAUGGCCGUGCCGGCCGGGCUCGGCUGCUGGUGGCUUUGGAACAGUGCCUUUGGUUCCCAGACUUCACUCCCCCUUCCCACAGCCAUGGGUUUCCUCCUCACCCUUGCUCCUAGCAGUGCCAACUUGACCUCUACUCAUCCUGCGCUGGCUUCUGUGUUGACAGAGGUUUUUUUAUGUGGAGCUGGAUUGAGAUGCUUCAAAAAUAUUGCCACAAACUUCUAAAAAGUUACCUAAAAAGAGCUGGAGGCUUCGUAAGAUGCUACCAGUCCCAACCUUCCCGCACCAUAUCCCAGCCCUGCUAAUGGCUAGGAUGUGCCAAUACCUUCUCUUCCCAUUACCAGCAAAAGGGUUCUCACUUUUGGUGAGAAAAACCUUAAGGAAAGCGUGGAAGGGCACGGGCUGUUGCCCAUUUCGGUGUGUGUUACUCAAAAAUGAGUGAGAAGUUUGAUAUUACAAAAAAACCCCAGAAUGGCUUUUGCUGAUUUUUGCUCUCUUGCUCUGGGACAAUUCCUCUGUGAUCCCUGGGGUUGUAUCGGUGGCCGGGGAGCAGAGUUUGGCUCUUGCUAAAUGGUUUAUAGGAUUUUUAUUUUUCAUUUAAUCAAAAAACAAGAAGGGGAAAAAUUCAAAGAAGUAUUUGAUGUGGAAAACCAAAAUAUUCAGAACCCCUUAAGCUGGGCAGAGAGGGUCUCUUUGAGGGGAUGGAUGUUUUAAGGGGAAUGAGAAGUGUCCAGCUGCUGGAGCUGGGCUGAGCUGGGCACUUUGGACAUUUUGGGAACGGAGUGUUGGUGUGAUGCUCAGUGGUGUGUGGUGCCACGGGGUGUUUGGGGUGCAGGAGGUGGGCUAUCAGCAGGGUCUGCCCUGCCUGUCACAUCUUGCAUGUCACCUUGAGCUGCCCAGCAAGGUGGGCACAGAAGUUCUGUGCUCUGUCACCCCCUGCAUUUUGGCACUAGGAUAAAGGUGUCCCUGGAUGCAUAAAGGUGUCAGCCGUACAGGUCUCCCCUCAGUUUUUGCCUGUUUUGAAGACAGAGAUCUUGUCUUCACCUUUCAGUUCUCUGAUCUUUUGUGCGUCUCUUUUUUUCCCCUGUUUUCUCUGAGCAACUUGAUUAAGGAUUGCUCAGAGGUGCCAGGAGGCAGCAUGGGAAGGAAGGGGGCUGGCACAUUUAUCCCUGGAGAACUGGGGACAGUAGCAGUGCCCACAUUAGUAGGAGUGGAGCAACGAUUUGGGAAGGGGCUGCAGGGAACCCUCUCUUUGCCUGCUCCAGGAAGGAGCCGCUGGCAGUCAGGCUGCAGCUCCUUCCCAGCUCUCCCACUGAAAGAGCCCAAAUUAGCUGAAUCAACGAUGCCCGUGUUCAGCACCAAAUGCCACAGAACCUGUUGCCAAGGCUGGAAUUUCUCACUUGAUCGGAUUAACCUUUGUGUCCAUGCAACCAACCACAUACGUGUCACCAGCUGAGCUUUUGCCAGUUCUCUUCUCAGAGCAUGUGGGAUGUGUGCGAUGUGCAGUCCCUGAUCCCCCACAGAAAGUCCCUGGGGGCACCUCAGAAAGAGCUGCUGGACCCUCAUGUCCCACUUGGUGGCAUGGCUGGCAGCCUGGCUAUGCAGGAGAUGCUCCCCUAUUCCUCUGGGCAUGAGAACAGGUGGAAUGAGUCUGGAUGCUCUGGGAAUCAACUCUGUUGAGUUAAAUGACGCUGAACAUGAUCUUGUGGGAGGAACUGGGAGUGACGACUCAAAUCCAUGUUUUGAAAAAGCCUGUGGGUGAGCAUCAGCAUCACGUCCCAGCCAGGGUAUCAAGGCUGUAGUGGUCUGGGCAAUCACUUCCCAAGGAGCUGAUGCUCUCAUUGUGAAGGUGUGGAGGAGUUCUUUCCGCCAAAUCCUUAUGUGGCAUCUCCCGGUGCAGCCCCCAUCCUCUGACAUGUCUUUACUUGUGCUGUCGGGAAGGGAAGACAGAACUUGAAGCCAGAGACAAAGGCAGUCAUUCUGUGGGCUUCUUCCUGGCCCCACCAAACGGAGGGGUGUCUUGCUGCCGCUUCCUUCAGGAGCGAGAGUGGGCCUUCUGCGAUAAUUCCUGAUGUUCAUUAUUUAUAGAGAAGCCAAAUUGAAUUAUUAAUACAGAAAAUUCAGAUAACAUUAACAAUUCUCAGUUUAUAACGGUUUCCCAUUAAUAAGGAAAAUUGGAAAUUUAUCACUACAUCUGUUCAUUAAAACUCACUAUUUUUUUUUUUUUGCUUUUGGUGUCUCAAAUGAAAGCAGAGAAAUAAACGAAGAGGGAAGGCCAUUUAUUCACUACUUCUCUUGGCAAAGUCAGCCCAUAAUUUUUAAUAAAGUCUUUGCUGUUGUACGUGGAGGGGAAGCCAGGCUGUAAUGAAAGCAGCUUUCCAGCCAUGUCUGUGGCGUUCCUUGACCCUAGAACAAAUACUCAGAAGCACGUCCCGUUUCUUCUCUUUGUGGGAAUCUUCAAGCUGCGUGAUAGUUUGCUUGUUUCCCUCCCUCCCCAGCAGCUCUCCUUGCUUUCACCAUGUGUUGUUCCCGGCUCCGAGGAGUGAAUUUUAACGCCUCCCCUGCUUCUUUCAGAGAUGGCGGAUUCCUAUACCUGCAAAGGUGGAAGGAAAGCUGCAGGCUCUAACAAACCUGCUGCCAGCAAAGAAAGCAGGACGGAGACAAGGAUAAACCCACCGGCAGAGCUGCCCAAGCUGGAAAAUGCGACCAGUGACAAAACUGAAGGCAGGAAGAAAGGACGACCCAAGGCCGAGAAUCAGGCACUGAAAGACAUCCCUCUCCCCCUGAUGAAUCAGUGGAAGGAUGAAUUCAAAGCCCACUCCAGGGUCAAAUGUCCCAAUUCAGGCUGCUGGCUGGAGUUCCCCAGCAUUUAUGGCUUGAAGUACCACUAUCAGCGCUGCCAAGGGGGUGCGAUCUCAGAGAAGCUGACCUACUCGUGCUCGUACUGUGAAGCUGCCUUCACCUCCAAAACCCAGCUGGAAAAGCAUCGGCUCUGGAAUCACUUGGACCGGCCAGUGCCAACCAGCAAAGCAGAAAACAAAGUGCCCAAGGCCAUUGGGAAGAGCAGUGGAAAGAAAAGAGCUGCUGAGAGUUCAGCUUGCCCCACCAUCCAUCCCAAACAGCCAAAGACGGAAAAAGCUGUGGCCCAGGAGCACACGGAGAAUGGCGAGUGCCUGGCGGAGAGCCGGGAGAGCAAGGAGUUCCAGAUCGCGGCGGCCGAGGCGAUGGCGGCCGCCACCCCCACGGCCAAGUCCUCGAGCGGGAAGGACACCGGGCAGCAGCGGGGCAGCCAGGCCUCGCUGCAGGAGGAAGACCCCGAGAGGAUGAAGCACAAGUCAGGAAGGAAACAGAAAACUCCUAAGAAGUUUACGGGGGAGCAGCCGUCCAUCUCGGGGACAUUUGGACUGAAAGGUCUUGUCAAAGCAGAGGACAAGGCAAAAGCCCAUCGAGCCAAGAAGUUGGAGGGAAACACCGGUAUGGAGGAGCUGAAAAAGAAAUCUCCAGGAGUUGCUGUGAAGAAGGAAACUGCUGUGCACCUACCAGCAGCAAACCCAGAGGACCAGUGGCAGCGGGAGAUCAGCGAGAAGGGGGAAGUCUCCUGUCCAACCUGCAGUGUUAUAACCAGGAAAACUAUCGUGGGGCUCAAAAAGCACAUGGAUGUCUGCCAGAAACUGCAGGAUGCCUUGAAGUGUCAGCACUGCAAAAAACAGUUCAAGUCUAAAGCUGGGCUGAAUUACCACACCAUGGCUGAACACGUCAGCAAGCCUGUUCCUGUGGAAACCGCUGGACUUGGUGAACAGGAAGAGCGGGAAAGGCUGAGGAAAGUGCUAAAGCAGAUGGGAAAACUGAAAUGCCCCAAUGAGGGCUGCGUGGCCAACUUCUCCAGCCUGAUGGGUUACCAGUACCACCAGAAACGGUGUGGGAAGCAGCUCACCGAGGCCGACAAGCCUGUUUUCAGCUGUCCACACUGCAGCAAGAAGUACAAAUCCAAGGCUGGCCACGACUACCAUGUGCGGUCAGAACACACGGCCUCGCCUCCGGAGGAGCCAGAGGUGAAGCAGGAGCCUGCUCCCAUAGAAGAUUUCGAGAGGACCCCGAGCGGCCGCAUCCGCCGGACAUCGGCCCAAGUGGCCGUGUUUCACCUCCAGGAGAUAGCAGAGGAUGAGCUCGCCAGGGAUUGGACCAAGCGGAGGAUGAAGGAUGACCUGGUGCCUGAAACGAAGCGGCUCAAUUACACCCGACCAGGGCUUCCAAAGCUCAAUCCCAGGCUGCUGGAAAACUGGAAGAAUGAAGUGAAGGAGAAGGGCCGCAUCAACUGUCCCAACAAUUUCUGUGAAGCCAUUUACUCCAGUGUCUCGGGGCUGAAAGCUCACCUGGCCAACUGCAACAAGGGAGACCACUUGGUGGGCAAGUACCGCUGCCUCCUGUGCCAGAAGGAGUUCAGCUCUGAGAGCGGCGUCAAGUACCACAUCAUCAAGGCUCACUCAGAGAACUGGUUCCGAACCUCCUCAGAGGCCAGCCGGAAAAAGAAAAACAGGGAACAGCUUUCUUCCAGCAAAGAGGAGAAAAAGAAAAGCACAAACGGGAAGAAAAGAGGGAGGAAACCCAAGGAGAGGCCUCCAGAAAUGUCUCCAAAGGGCAAAGAAAGCGUGGCAGCAAAGACUAAUCACAAGAAAACCCUCGAGCACUGGGAAGGCUCCCGGGGCAGCCCCGAGGGGGACGAGCAUGUCCCCAAGCCCCCCGGCCAGCGGAAGGGAGGAGCCAGCAAGAUGCCUGAGAAAUGAGCAGCUCAGAGACUCACGUCCAAGGAUUCGUUUACAGCCCAGGGUAACAGGGUGGGGGUCUCUCCCGGUUUUAUGUCCUCUCCUUCCCAUCCCACCUCCCUUCCCCCCACCCUCCUCUCACCCUCUUUUUACAAAAAGAAAGGAAAAAAAAAGAAAAAAAAAAAGACAGACAAUACCAAUUAACCACUUUGAACAAGUCACGGACCUUGUUUCACACUGGAAAACAAACAGGAUCAAGGAAGCUGGACCGUUCUCCACCCCCUGCCUCUGUACAUACCCCUCGGUGGGACCCCGCUGCCUCCCCCAGCCCGUGAUUCCCCUCCCCUGCGCCAAACUGGUGACGCUUGAGUGAAAGAGAAGUGCAAUAGCAGCGGGUCCCGUGGAUGGGGACCCUCCGCCAGCAGCUGCGUGCCGGGGCAGGGAGCUGCCCGCCCGCCUGCCUGGCAGCCUCCAGCGGGCCCCAGCCUUCCAGCUCCAGGGCAAUGUUUCCAAAGAUGUUUGACCUGGUCGGGCAGAGGGUCCGGCAGCGGAUGCCGGGGGGGUCGGCAGCACUUUCCCCGCUGCCUCAGGUCGAGGGUGAAUGCGUUUGGCAGGGAUCGGCUCCGUGGGGUGUCGGCUUUGCAGGGUUUGUCUCAGCGGCGCAGGCAGAGGAGGGAACAGGGAAAGCGGGCACGGAGUGUGACCAGGGCCGGGGGUGCGGGGGGCGAGAGCGGGAGGUGGGACUGUUCGGGUUGGAGGAUUUAAUGGAAGGUUGGGGGAAUGUUGUGGGCACCGUGGAGUGUGGCAGUGCGACCAAGGAGGGGGCACAAUGAGGGAGCUGUGCUCGGAUUGUAUUUGCAAACGCAGCUGGCAGUGCCGGGGUCAGGGGGAGAUGGCAGCCAUCAACCUGCCCCCCCAGCCUGGGGGGGCAUCCAAGGGUGGUUGAGAGUCCCUUUGUGCUCUAUCCAAUCACAGUAAAGGGAGGAAUGGGGUCUCGGUUCCCCAGUUGCAGCCGUGGGAGGUGUGUGAUGGGGACAGGGACAGCAUCAAGUGACAAUCACGGGUCCUGCUUUGGGGGGAGCCCAGCCGCUGCCCGGGCACCUCCCGCUCCCUCGUCCCUCGGGGACGGGACCCGCUGUGGGGGUAGUUCCUGCUCCCAAGAUGCAUCUGAGCCCCCGAUCAUCCCCCUCAGGAUGGGAGGUCCCUAUGGUGCCGUCCCUGCUUGUGCUCUUCUCCCGGGCUCUUCUUUGCACCUGUGCUGACACGGUCAUCACACCUCGCUCCAGCCAGAGGGAACCCUCCUGGACCAGGACAUAUCCGUCUCCAGACAAAACCAGGCUACCUCGGUCCUUGGGAAACAGGCACGUUUCCUCUCGGUAACAGAACAGAAAACCUUAAUUCGAUUUUUUCCCUAUGCAGAGCCAGGAAAGUGGCAUCGGAGGGAGAGCUUCUGCUUUUGCUUAAUCAGUUCAAAUCUCAAUCCUCUCUAUCCCAGGAGUCGCUGCUCCUUGCUGCCCGCUAGAGGCUUGGUAUCAUUCCCUGGCUUCGAGCAGCGUCUCAGUCAUAAUUAACAUCCUCCACUGGCAGGUUAUUCCAGCCGAGCAGGGAGGGGGGGCGGUGGUGGCUGAAGCCAGGGCUUCCCGGGGAGCGAGGUCUCCUGCUCUGUCCACGGCUCCGGCCCCUGGAUCCACGCUCUGCAUUGCCCAGCGAGCUGGGCACGUGCCUUCGGGUGAGGGAACGUGCUGGAGCACUGCUGGCUGUGCUGGGCCUCGAGGCAAUUUGUGACAAAGCUUAAUUAGUCACUGCAGCCUGGUCGCUGCUUGCUCUUCAUUGGAUCUGUGUUUGGAUGCUGUCACCGGGGCAGAUCCUGCCUUCCCGGGGAAGGGGGAGAGCUCCAGGAGGUGUAGGAUGUGCACGCUUGGAGCUGCUCGUUCUUUGUCACGACAGGGACGUUGGGGCACUGUCCUGGCAGUGGUGUUCUCUGCUGCUGAGCCCGUGUGCCCUCAUCAAGGCCACAAUGGCUGGGAGGACAGUGACCCCCCACCCCAAGAGGGUGUUUGGGGGGCACACUGGGGCUGCUGGGGAGGCCAGCAGCAGCAGGAAGGGGACAGCGGGCAGAGAUGGGGACCUGGCACUGAAAUCUCUGCAAAGGGGCAGAGGGAGCCGCUGCAUCCCAAAAUCAUGUCCCACCACCGAAGAAAGCCCUUGGGAAAGCUUCAUGUCCUGACCCAGGGAGGGGUGACCCAGGUGGCCCAGGCUGCUGGCUUGGAUGGUCACCACACAAUUCCCACUGCCUCCCCUGGGCAGAGCUCGGGCUCCAUUCUCAUUAAUGUGCAGUUAAUUGGCUUCUCGUUGAUUAAAUUAAGAGGCAGCACUGUGCUGCAUGUGGGGGGAGCCUUGGGAGCUGCUCAGGGCGGGGGAGACCCAGGGAAAGGCCAGCUUGGGGAGUUGUCAGGGAGUCCACAUCAAAACCCAACGUCUGCUUCCUUAACUAGAGUGUCUGCAAAGGAGCAUCCUGAGAGGAGCAGGGACAGCUGUGGUGACCUCACAAAGUGACACCAGCCUGGAGGGGACCCCAGGGACCAUCUGGGAUCUUAGGAUCAGCAGCAGGAGCAGCAGUCCUGGUGCUGUCCCUGUCACCCUCAGACCUGGGAAAUGUGCACAGCCCCGGUGAGGGCAGCACUGUGGUCAGCUGGGAAUUUCCAUGAGAAAAUGACAUCUUCAAGGGUUUUUUUUUCCCCUGAAAAGGUGUUUUCCCCACUAGUCAUCACUCAGAGAGGAACAUGUUCCUCCACUUUCUCCAUGAGACAUCCUUAACUCUCCUGCUUGUCCGGGGAAGGUUCCAGAGCGAUGCCAGGACCCCAGCAGCUGCCAGCGAGUGGGCAGGGCUGAGUGACACCACAGUGGCAUUGCUGGGGCCGGCGGGUUGUGUCCCUUCAGGUGCUCCCAGUGAGGCAGUGCCAGCUGGGAAACACCUUGAUCCAGAGGGAUGGGCAGAGGCUGCAGGACCAGAUAGGGGGACAAGGUGUCCUGUCCCCUUCCAUCCCCUCAUCUGCAGGGUUUGGGAGUUUUGUCACUCUAGGGACAGUGACACGGUGGUCCCACCCCUCCACUGUUGGGGAAACCCACCAUCCCGUCACCCGUGUCCCCAAGGAAAGGGCUAAACCUCUGUGGGAGCAGGGAUGGACUGCAACCCCAUGGGAAGACCUCAUGGAAAGCUUCAGUCACGGGGGGCUGCUGUGGCUGAGGAACCCCUGGCACUGACACCACACCCCGGUGAGGGUGGCUGUGCUGUGCUGGCUCCAGGCGGGAAGCGAGGGCCAAAUCCAGCCGCAGUAGAUGGAGCUGCCUGGGCCUGGAGCAUCUCUCACACCCAGGAACCUUGGGAGUGUUUUGUUCUUUUCUUUCUCUCCUCGUGACACCCAUCCCACGGCAUAUCCGAAUGUUUCUCGUCGAUGCCAGUUAUUAGUGCAUAGUGUAUUUGGGGAAAAAAUGAAAACAUUAAAAAAAAAAAUAGGAAAAAAAAAAGAAUUUUCAAUUAUCACUUGUAACCAUAUAUAUAAAUAUAUAAUAUAUAUAUUAAAAAGUGUUUAUUUGCAAAAAAUAAAAUUGUUUAACGGUAAACUAUCUUAUAAGUAAACUCCCAAUUGUGACGAUCUGUUCUUUGUUAAUCAUUGACAAAUCCUCAGUUGAGAGUACUGUCCGAGCAGCUCCGAGCAGCUGAGCCCCUGCGGAGGCGCUCCCUGUACUGUAUGUAUGAAACAGCUGUAUCGAAUAAAUGGUUAUUGAUUUUUUAUUA